AGGAGCACUCGAGCCAGCACCAGUUUUCGUUGUGGACCUGAAAUUCGAAGAGCUUCGAGAUUUAUGCGAACUUGCCAUGCAUUCAUUCUCCAAGCAGAGAACUUUGCUGCGAAUCGGCUGGAAAAAUGUGUGUUUCCGUUCCCAGUCUUUCAGCUAAGCAAACUUGAAAUUGCACGUUGUAGUGAACUGCUACCAAUAACAAUAUGUGCCGACACGCAUGGACAAUUCCGGGAUGUCCGAUCCAUUUUGAAUAUGUGCGGUAACCCACUCUUACAAACAUAUUUGUUCCUUGGCGACUAUGUCGAUCGCGGAUCACAGAGCAUCGAAAACAUAGCGAUGUUGCUGUGUUUUAAAAUCAAGUACCCAUCACGUGUGUAUAUGUUAAGAGGCAAUCACGAAGACGCGAACACAACGCUUACUUACGGAUUCUAUGACGAAUGUGUUGCUCGAUUUCCGAACGGCAAAGGAGAAUUG